GGGAAGUCGGAAGUCGGCAAAGAUGGCCGCCACCUAUUGCCUCGACCGGGCUAUGGCUGCCUUGGCAGUGCUGUUGCUGUUGUCCUUCGGCAGCGUGGCCGCUAGUCAGAUCGAGGAUCAAGCAGAACAGUUCUUUAGAAGUGGCCAUACAAACAACUGGGCAGUUUUGGUGUGUACAUCCCGAUUCUGGUUUAAUUAUCGGCAUGUUGCAAAUACUCUUUCUGUGUAUAGAAGUGUCAAGAGGCUAGGUAUUCCUGACAGUCACAUUGUUCUAAUGCUUGCAGAUGAUAUGGCAUGUAACCCUAGAAAUCCCAAACCAGCUACAGUGUUCAGUCACAAAAAUAUGGAAUUAAAUGUGUAUGGAGAUGAUGUGGAAGUAGAUUAUAGAAGCUAUGAGGUAACUGUGGAGAAUUUUUUACGGGUAUUAACUGGGAGGAUCCCACCUAGUACUCCUCGGUCAAAACGCCUUCUUUCUGAUGAUCGAAGCAAUAUUCUUAUUUAUAUGACAGGACAUGGUGGAAAUGGUUUCUUAAAAUUUCAAGAUUCUGAAGAAAUUACUAACAUAGAACUUGCAGAUGCUUUUGAACAAAUGUGGCAGAAAAGACGCUACAAUGAGCUACUGUUUAUUAUUGAUACUUGUCAAGGAGCAUCCAUGUAUGAGCGAUUUUAUUCUCCUAAUAUAAUGGCUCUAGCUAGUAGCCAAGUGGGAGAAGAUUCACUCUCGCACCAGCCUGAUCCUGCGAUUGGAGUCCAUCUUAUGGAUAGAUACACAUUUUAUGUCUUGGAAUUUUUGGAAGAAAUUAAUCCAGCUAGCCAAACUAAUAUGAAUGACCUUUUUCAGGUAUGUCCCAAAAGUCUGUGCGUAUCUACUCCUGGACAUCGCACUGAUCUUUUUCAGAGGGAUCCUAAAAACGUCCUGAUAACUGAUUUCUUUGGAAGUGUACGGAAGGUGGAAAUUACAACAGAGACUAUUAGUUUGCAACUGGAUUCAGAAAUUAUGGAAGACAGAUAUAAGGAAGACCAGAUGUCUGGGGAGUUAAUGGAACCUCUGAAAUAUGCUGAACAACUUCCUGUAGCUCAGAUAAUACACCAGAAACCGAAGCUGAAAGACUGGCAUCCUCCUGGGGGUUUUAUUCUGGGAUUGUGGGCGCUCAUUAUCAUGGUUUUCUUCAAAACAUAUGGGAUCAAACAUAUGAAGUUCAUUUUCUAGACUCAGUGAUUUAUGAAGAAGACUGCACAAAAGACUGCAGCCUUUGAUAGAAAUCUGUGUCAUUGUAUGUUUUUUUAUAUAUUGCCCUUGUGUGUAUUGGCAAAAGUAUAAGGAAACUGUAAAUUUGGACAAACUGUAUUGAUUUUGUAACUUAAAGAAAAAAUCAGAUUGUAAUUUGAUUGCUUAAUGACACUAAAUAUGUUUCAGUUUUCUGUUUUUUGUUUGUGUGUGGAGGGAACAAAGAGAUUAGAAUAUAUUGGUUGAUUCUUUUUAAAAAUAAUAAUUUCCCCUUAUUUUUCCCCCUUUCAUUAGAAAAGAAAAAAAAAUGUGAAGACAUAAAAUUCUCACUAGUAGAGGUAACUUCUGUUAAUAUUUUCGUGUAUGUCCUCUCAAUUCUUUCUCUAUGCACAUAUUUUUUUCUCUUUUUCCAAAAUAGAGACCACAGAGAAUAUGCCAUUUGGUAACUUCCCUUUUCAUUUUAAAAUAUGGAAACAUUUUUCCUCACCUUAGAUACUCUUUAAGAACACAUACUCUUCAAGCUCUUGUUAACAGCUCCAUAGUAUCCAUUGUACAAAUGUACAGUAAUUCAUUAAACACCCUUCUGCUGUUAGACCACUUGUUCCCAAUAUUUUCCAUUGGUUCGUUCUUUAAUGUGUACUAUUUUAUUGUCAGUCACUCAUGGAAUUCUGCAGAUUUAGUUAUAAGUAAAUAUAAAAAAUUGGUUUCUAAGCUAUGGUACUGACAAUCUCCAGGACCUUUUUUUGCUGUCAGUUUAUUGGGAGAAUUUAAGGCAUUUUUGGAAUUUGAAAUAUUGACUGCUCAACAGAAAAAAACCUCAUUAUUUUUCAUUUCUAAGCAUGAUUCUCUGGAACUAGUCACCUCUUCAGUUUCUACCUUGAAAAAGACAACGAAAAAGGAUUUUAUUUCAUUCUAUUUAAAGUAAACCUUGCUAGCUGGCUGGAUCUGUACUUUCCCUGACAGCAACCCUAUAGCCUGGAUGACCUGCAUGGAAAAGUUACCUUUAUGGCCCUGCCUUCAUGUUUGACUGAUGAAUUACAUAAGGCAGUAAGCCUCCUUUCUGGUCU